AUGGCUCAGAAAGACCCCUGUCAGAAAUAUGCCUGUGAAAUCCAGAAAUGCUUGCAAGGUAUGUUGCGUUGUUUUGGGUUUGUUUCAUUUAAAAGGAAAAAAAGGAAAACUAUUAAAAAUGAUUAUACCUGGGAUAGGGAACUUGUGACCUUCCAGAUGUUGCUGAGCUCCCAACUCCCAUAAUCUCUGACCAUUGGGCCAUGCUGCUGGGUCACAGCAUCCAGCAGGUUGCAAGUUCCCCAUCCCUGCCUUUUUUGGGUCUUCAAGCCGUUCAGUAAGAUUAUAGUUUGAAAUUGCAAAAAUUAAUUGGCAGUAAGAAAAUAAAAUAAAAGCAAACCAAUAGAAGUUAGGUAAAGGUAAAGGGACAGUUAGGUCCAGUCUUGACCAACUCUGGGGUUGCAGCGCUCAUCUUGCUUUACUGGCCGAGGGAGCCGGUGUACAGCUUCCAGGUCAUGUGGCCAGCAUGACUAAGCCGCUUCUGGCGAACCAGAGCAGCGCACGGAAACGGCGUUUACCUUCCCGCCGGAGCGGUACCUAUUUAUCUACUUGCACUUUGAUGUGCUAUAGUGACUGUUAAAAACGCAAGUGAAUGGGACGAGCCCAACAUGGUACUCGUGGGGCACCACCAGAGAGAAUGUUCUCUCUCUGAUUGCUACCUCUGAAGGUAGCAGCAUCUGGAGGGGACCUGGAACAUUCAUUAUUGCUGUAAACUCUGGCUGGCAGCAGUUCUCCAGGGUCUCUGACAGGCAGAGGCAUUUUUGCUAACUGGCGAUACCAGGGAUUGAACCUGAGAUCUUCUGUAUGUGCUGUACAGUCCCUCCGAGUCAUCUUCCAACCAACUGCUAAAGGCGAAGUGUUUUUGAAACAGAAAGAAUGAACAUCCCUCUUAUGUUUUUGUUCUGAAAUGUGCUGGUUUUGAAGUAAGUGACCAGCGGUCUCUGAAAUAAAUGAUACUUUCAAGUUGAAGGCUAGUCUCUGUUCACAAAGACCUGGACCCAUCCAGACACUCUGAGCUUGUGGAGAAAGAAAAUGUCUUUUUUUAUUCCAACACUCUUCCCAUUGGGAACCUUUUGUAACAACCUUAGUGCUCUGUAGGUGGACAAUUGUAGGAGAAGGUUCUGAAGUCCUCAGCUGUGCUUGCAUUGGACAGUGAUGCUCUGUGAGCAUUGAGAGGGCAAAGCUCUCCUAUUGCUUUGCUCUUAUCUUAUCAAAAGACAAUUGGUAGGACUGUUAUAAUGAAUUUUAACCUUUCAUUUGAAUUGGGAUACAGUCCUACCAGUUGUGUCUUAGUAAUCAAAAGGAAGACUAACCUGGAAAAGAUGUUACAGGCUGCAGGGGUUUCCCAUCUUACCAUGUAACGAAACAUGUUUUAACCUGUCCCCCUGCUCUUUUGGUUGUUACUGGUUUACAUGAAUACCCAACCUAAAAAAGAAUUUUGGGGCUCUCAAAAGCUUGUCACUUGGUCCUCAUAAAAAGUGUUGCGUUUGGAUUCUUUCAAAUUACUUAGGUGACAGAUCAACCAGAAAUAUUGUAUUGGAAAUUGACCAAGGGCCAUUGCAAAAUGUGCUUUCUGACUUGAUACUGCCUUAUUGUAUCAGAGUGCUUCUUGUGAGGAGAAUGGCAUCCUUCUGUCUCGAGAGACAGUGGAAUGCGCCUCUGUAGGUUAAGUCAAACCGCUGUGUUAGCAGCACUGGGGUGCAACCCUGGGCAGUGUGUAUGGAGGUCCUGGGCUGCCCAGAUAGCAGGACCCUGCUCUUGGCCUCAUUUAUGUGGUCAAAAGGAAAGCAAAGUAAUAUGUUUGGCACCAUCCUGGCUGCAGGAGUUGCUGGAAGGAGGGAUACAAGGUGCUAUCCAGCCAUCUUAGGCACUCCUGAAGAUAUAUCACAAAGCAGCAGAGGUUUAGGAUCAGAGUUUUCCUUCUACUAGGUGGGCUGCCUCCCCAGGUUGACAAGCCCCAUCUGCCCCUCACUUCCCUCUACAGCAUGAGCAGAAACUGCUUUCUUGACCACAGGACCCACUAUUGGUCUCAUCUACUCAAUCCACUGGAGCCUGUCUCUGCAUGCAGGGCAAAGUCCCUAACUCAUGAGGGCUUGAGGCCCAUUAGCUACCCUCACCUGGUUUAGCCAGCCAAUAGAACCGGUCCCAGGCUGAGGCUGCUGUCGCAUGCUGACAGCUUCUAGGAGCCACAGGUGAGAGCUGGGUGCAGGGUGGGGACCAAAGGUGGACAAAUUACUCCCAUCAGAGGUACUAAAGGUAAAGAUAAAGGUACCCCUGACCGUUAGUCCAGUCGCAAACGACUGGGUUUGCGGUGCUCAUCCCACUCUAUAGGCCGAGGGAGCCGUUUGUCCACAGACAGCUUCCGGAUCAUGUGGCCAGCAUGACUAAGCCGCUUCUGGCGAACCAGAGCAGUGCACAGAAACGCCAUUUACCUUCCUGCUGGAGCGGUACCCAUUUAUCUACUUGCACUUUGACGUGCUUUCAAACUGCGAGGUGGGCAGGAGCUGGGACCAAGCAACGGGAGCUCACCCCGUCGAGGGGAAUCUAACCGCCAACCUUCUGAUUGGCAAGCCCUAGGCUCAGUGGUUUAGACCACAGCGCCACCCGCGUCCCUAUCAGAGGUACUAGUCCUCCCCUAAUCCUUUCAUUAUUCCACACGAAGGUGCUUUAGGUGGGAAAUUGAAUAGCAGAGACCUCACUUUUAUACAUAAAUGUGAAAUGUGAGGAAUGUCUUCAGUAGCAGGUGGAGGGAGUAGCCUAAGGUGACCAUACACUCUCAAAAUGUGGCUUUCUGUGCAGGAACCCUCAUGUGCCUGUUUUGCAGCUUGCUCACUAUUUGCUCUGCUUCCUGUCCCCUGCAUCCCCCACAGCCAACAACUACUUGGAAUCAAAAUGUGAAGCCGUCCUCCAGGAGAUGAGAAGAUGUUGUGCCCGCUUUCCCAAGGGCAGAUCCAUCUCCUGCUCAGGGUUUGAGUUGCAGGAAAAAGAGAGAGAGAAGCAGGUAUCCUCUUCCCACGGAUUUCAAGCCCCCAAACCCUGA